AUGGCCCCCGCGGGCGCCCUGGCGCUGCUCGUGGCGCUGGCCGCGCUGGGCCGCGGCUGCGGGGAGCGCCCGCCCGCCCGCCAGGCGGGGGCCCCGCGCGGCGGCCCCGCUCGCGCGCCGCCCGUGCAGCUGAGCCUCUACUACGAGAGCCUGUGCCCGGCGUGCCGGGCCUUCGUGGUGCGGCAGCUCUUCGCCACGUGGCUCAUGCUGCCCGACGAGGUGCUGAGCGUCACCCUGGUGCCCUACGGCAACGCGGAGGAGACCAACGUCAACGGGACGUGGCACUUCGAGUGCCAGCACGGCCCCGAGGAGUGCCUGGGCAACAUGGUGGAGGCCUGUGUGAUACACGAGGCCGACAACGUGAGCGACCCCCUGCCCGUCAUCGCCUGCCUGGAGUCGGGCGCUUCCAUCAGCGGGAGCCUGGAGGCCUGCCUGCAGGUGUACGCGCCGCGGGUGCCGGCGUCGCGGGUGGCCGCGUGCGCCCGGGGCGACCUGGGCCGGCAGCUCCUGCACCGCAACGCGCAGCUCACGGCCGCGCUGGCGCCGCCGCACCAGUACGUGCCCUGGAUCGUGCUCGGAGGGAAGCACACGGAGCAGCUGCAGGGCCGGGCGCAGGUCGCGCUGCUGCGCCUCGUGUGCGAGCUCUACCAGUGGUCGGUGGGGGGCACCGGGCGCUGCCGCAGCGGAGCUGGGGGGCACGGGAGUCACGGGGUGCGGGGGGGUGCAGCUUAA